AUGACAACAUUGACGUUUUGCCAAAUUGCGUCUUUUCUGGUUGCACCAAAAUUAACAAAAUUGAUUGGAGAAGCGUGUUUCAUCGGAUGCAAAUCACUGAAAAAUAUCGAUUUCCCAACUACACUCGCUACUAUUGAAAGAUAUGCAUUUAGUGCUUGCGCUUUGUAUGAAGUGACGCUUCCAAAUAUCGAAACAAUUGCUAAAAACUGUUUUACUGAAUGUAAUUGUCUUACUAAAGUUGUUAUACCAAAUUCUGUUAAAGAAAUAGAAGAAGAAGCUUUCUGCUCAUGCGAAAAUCUUAAGUUGAUCGAGUUACCAAACAGUAUCGAAAAAAUUGGGAAAAACUCUUUUUAUGGUCGUAGCAAGUUAAGUAAAGUCGUCAUAUCCAAUAAGGUCAAAAUAAUCAACAAACAAUCUUUUUCAGCAUGUAAAGAACUUGUUGAAAUUGUAAUACCCGAAGGCGUCGAAAUUAUUAAGGAGUUCUCUUUUGUUGGAGAUGUUAAAUUGAAAAUAAUCACACUACCCAAGAUUCUCAAAGAAAUUGGGGAAGCUGCAUUUGCAGAUUGUCUUUCACUUCAAGAAAUUAAUGGGUUGGAAAAUGUAAAAACUUUUGAAGUUGGUUGUUUCUAUCAAACCAAAGUGACUUCUAAUAAAAUUCCUCAAACAGCUUUUAAGAAAUCAGAUCGUUAUAAAAACAAUUAA